AUGGGGCAGCGGCGGGGCCCGGCCGUGCUGCUCCUCGCCCUGGGGCACCUGGCCGGGCUGCUGGCAGCGGGACCCGCCUGCGCCGACGCUUACCGGGGCCUCUCGGACUGCGUCCUCAAGCUGGGGGACAGCAUGGCCACGUACGAGGAGGAGGAGGGCAUCGAGCUGCAGGGGCUGCGCCGAGUCUGCAGGUACUGGGAUGAAUUCCACACCUGUGCCCUGACAGUGCUCUGGGAGUGCCAGAAGGAAGCAGCAGCCGUCUGGGAGAUGCUGAGAAGGGAGUCCCGAAAAACCAAAUUUCAAGGCAGUUUGUUCGACCUCUGCAGCCCCAGCACGACCCAAAGCUUUGCCUGGACCCGCGUUCCCAACAUUUCCAUCCUCAGCAUCCCCCUCAUCGUCACUUGGCUGAACUUAUAAACUGCAGCUCUGUGAGUAUCCCAACAAAAGUGAUGGCAGUGUGUGGUGUGGCAUCUUUCAGAUCUAUUUUCCAAACCUUUGAGGAAUACACUGUGUGGAGCUCAAAAACUCACGGCUCCAUCCUGCGGCUGUGAGACGUGGAAGAGCUCGGCAGCAUCUCCAGGGUGUUGAAAUUUCUCUGUAAUUGGAAUAAUUCCUGUCCCCUUCUGCCUCAAGGCACAGACACAGAUCUGGCUGUCAGGAGAUUUGGGAACUUGUAAAUACAGGGCACAGAAUUUGGGGAGAAAUGAUAAAUUCUGGAAAAAGGAUAAAUGCUGGACACUUCUGCACUCUUCUAUGGCAAGUGGAAGGAAACCCAUUUCAUUUGCUGACUCUUUCCACCAGAUCAACUCUCCAGGGUUUUGAUUUGGGCACUCAAAACAAGAUGGGUAUUUUCCCACUGCUCCAUGAGGUGCAGGGGAUGGUGGCUGAAGGGAGACCUUACUGCCCUGUACUGGUCAUUUUUCUUUGAGGACAUGGUAAAACCCCUGCUGAACAAUAAUCACAGUUGCAUGACUUCUCUUGCACACAUCUGAAUUCCUGAGUAACUUCUGUGUUAUGUGUAAAUCCCUUUCCUAAGGGCAGAGGUGAAAAGUAUUUGGGAGAAGAGGGAGAAUCAAGCUAGGAGGACAAAAGGGAUUUAUAGCGACUCUUCUGCUUUAAAGCUUUCCCCGAGGUAUCUGUAAGCAGCUGUGGGUAGAAGUGUGUAAUUCCAGAGUAUUAAAGCUUGUUGUAGAGCCAACAGCAUGGCAGAAGUUAUUUGUCCUGGGUCUUGCUCGACAGCACAGACUCCUCUUGUCUCCUUUGUGGCUCAGAGUGUUGUCAGUUUUGCAGCUUCAGUUCAAGCAUGGAAGUAUUUGGAAAAGAGAGGGGUUUGCAAGUGAUUUCUGAGUAUGUUGGAGAAACACAGUUUUUGGUUAGCCCAAGGCAGUCUGUGUUUUAAGAAUACUGCUGGAUCUCUGUGUCCUGCCUGUCUGCACGGGGCCAUGGGGUGUGUGCUCAGUGUGAGCAGGGAAACCAGGGCCCUGCCAACUGCACACAUCCCACCAGGUGCAUUCCAGGCAGCAGGCAAGCUUCUACAGCAAAGGAUCUUUUUCCUAACAGUGGUGUUGGGUCAUGCUGCUUUCCUCUGGCAUUCACGUGUUCUUCCUCUUACCUUCACUAUCCCUCAACAUUCUGUUCCUGCAGCAGCAGCAGGAGAUAAUGAAGAAAUUGAGGCAAAUUCCAAGAAAUAAGCCAGGACAGAGCAGCUGGUGUUCAGACAGCACUUCAGUGCAGGAGUUGUUACUUAUGUAUUUUAGUACUCAGCAUCUGGGGCACAAAGCCUUAGGGUGAGCAGUGGAGAAAGGAUAAAUCAGAGCACGGUAAAACCUGGAGUGAACCACUGAGAUGCUUCAUUUUUUUCUUCUUACUCCACGCCAACAGCACUGUUUGCUGUUUGAUCCUAUUCCCCCCUUCCCUGUUACCUCUUGUGGCUGGGGAAAGCUGAAGCAGGGGAAAGCCAUGUACAACCAAGACUGGAGUAUUUUGGCUCCAAAUCCUGUACCUGUUUUUUGUUUAGAACAGCUGUUUAAUGCCUUUAGGAAAAGUAAGCACAUCCUCCUAAAAUCCCACAACCCUUGCUUUCUCUUUGAAUUUGGCAAUUCCUCUCAAAAUUUUCUGUGUAGAAAUUGUUUUGGGGAAAGGGAAGGUAGAAGUAUUAGAUCUGCAAGUAAUCUUUUUCCAAAGCCAUGGAUGCAUAUGGCUGACUGCCAGAAUCUCUGAGAAGAGCAGGUCUUGGGACAUAUCUUCCCUGGAAGCAAAUCCCUCAAGUAUUGCACACUAAAAAAAAACCCCAAAGAUUCAUUAAGAAACAAAGACCAUCUGCCACUGUUCUGGUGUGGAGCAGCAGAUUUUUUUUUUUUAAGCCAAAGGUGAUUCUAAAUCUGACUGAAAGCAUGUGAGAGAAAACUAGGUCUCACAGUAUGGGAGUGAUGAGUUUCCUCAAUCAGUAUGUCAUUUUUAGCAGAACUUCCUCUAUGACUAGGACAAUUACAGUAGAAGUCCUUUAAAAAAUAAAAAGAAAAGUACUACACAAAUUCAUUUCUCCUAGGCAGUCAGCAGCCUUUCAGAAAGAUUUCUGAUCCUACAGCACACUUCAUGCUGAUGCAGUGCAGCUCCUGGGAUGUCCUGCAGCCUCAGUGUUAAAGCCCCAUUUGUCAAGGAUUCUUCUCAUGGCCUUGCUGUGAGCUUCUCCAGAUACAAAGCCGUCCCCAGAUUUCACCCCCCCAGGGAAGCUGCUGAAGCGGUUACAGCGUAUUUUGUGUAUUCAAAAAGAAAUGGGUUAAAUGUUCCUUGUUCCUUAGUCCAAAGUCUUCACCUUUUUUCUUGCAGGGGAACAAAAGUGGCAGCUCUGUUCAUACAGACUCACAGCAACUCUGGGAGCAGCUGGAAAACGUGGCUUUGUCUCCUUGCUCUCAAAUUCACUGUAAUUAAUCUUUAGCUCCUACUUGGCGCAAGAACAGCCCCGAACACAGGAGCUCACACCACACUUUGGUGUGGUAUUAAGCCUUUAAGUAAACCUGCUAUCUUUCCCUGUCCCUGCAGGACUGGGAUGUUCUUUCUCAAGAAUAGCACCAAGAAGCAGCAGAGGACAAAAUGACCCUGAAGGAGUCUUAAAACAUGACUAACAGCACGCCAGUGCUUGUCACCCCGAGGCAGCAGUGCCCUCUGCUCCCCGCCCUGAUCCCAACCACACACACACUCCCUGCUCCUUUCUGAGGGAGACACUGGCACCUACUGGAGACCAGUUUAUAUCCAGGCAGAGGUGACUGGGAGAAAGACAAGUAUCCUUGUAUGUGAAAAAUGAGUAGAUUUUGAGAAGGGAUGGCCAGUCUUGCUGCAGGGGCAGCCCUCCAGGCUGGCUCCUGCCCAGAGAAACAUUUGUGUAAACUCUUCCCUCUGAAAGGCUGCUGCUGUUUGAAACCCUGCUUACAGGGGCUUUGGUCAGGAAGAACUCCUGGUGAAAUCCCCCAAUAUAAAAGGUGCUGGUUACAUUUGUUUAGACAGAAAUCCUCCUCUGGAGACCUGCUGAGUAUCUAAAGCAGCAGGAUGUCAUCCUGCCCCAAUUUACAGUGUUUGAAUGUGAGAAGAGGGAUUGAAGUACAGCUCAGCUCCUCAGUAACAAAAGUCGAAAGAGCAGCUUCAGAGAGUUUUAUCAGUCUCAAACCAUCCCACCACUUUUCAACAAGCUGAAUUAGCAAACAAUUUAUGCAAAUUAAAACUUACAAAUAUUAACAUACAAAGGGAAGUUACUGCAGCAAGAUGCUGCACAGGAGAAAAAUCUGUCUCUAGAUCUGGCUUUGCCCUCGUUUGGGAUUGCACAACAUGGCAACGUCCCUCAGUGGAAACCAGGCAGGAUGUGGGGCUGCUUACCUGGGCUGUUGGAUCUGAAGGAACUGCCCAGCUCUGGACCCUCAGCAAUAAAGGGAUGUCCCUGCUUGGUGAAGUUUAUUUGAAAGGCCUCUGAAUAGUUGAGAAAUAACAGCAGUCUCUUAUUUAACACCACCUGUACCAGGCAAGAUCUGUUGCUGGACUGCUGAAGCCUGACCAGAAAGCCCAUCCAAGGGGGAACAUCAUGGCUCCAGGACACUUUUGCAGGUUUCCCCAGGGCAGCUCCAGGCUCAGGCUGGACAUGUGGAGAUCCUGGACUGCUGAUACUCCCUCUGAAGUGGAGUAAUGCCAGCUGACUUCCCAAGACAGUACUCAAUGAUGCCUUCCUUUCAGAGCAGAGGUAUGAAAUGUUUAUUGUAGGGAAUUUCAUGUGUCCCAGACAGGGGCACCUCACAGCCAAGUGUUCUCUGGCUGCAUCCUUCUGUUGCCAUGAUACAGACACUCGUGGUACUUCUUGAAGUGUUCAGUUUCCCAGGAGAGCCGUAACAGUCACAGCAGCAUUAUAUUUUUAUUAUUACAAAAGAUUUCUUCAGCAAACUGCUGUCUGUCACCUCUAUGUAUCAAACAUGGAAACAGCAAACAAACCCAUCUAACAUUACAGGUUAUUUAGUGUCUCAGCUGGUGAUUCAGGUAAGUACAACUAUUUUCUUUCUCCCCAUCCAUUCACUUCCUUGACUCUUUUCCCAAACAAAGCCCAAACAAGUCACAGAUUGGAAGCAGCAGCUCCCAGCCCCGCUGCUCACUGUGCCAGCUCUGGCAAGAAGAGCUGACCACUGUGUUACCCAUUCAGGGUAUUCCCACAUUGUUAAAUUCCAAAUGCUCCUCACGCACCAAGUUUUGCUACCUGGCUUUUCACAGUCUCAUGAGUGAAGAGUUAAGGGCACACUCUCCAUACAGUCAUAUCAAUUCUUUGUGUUAACAAAAUAAUCAUCUGCUCCUCCCCCGUUGUCAGCUGAUGCCAGAGGAGAUGCUCACACUCAUGCAGUCACCGAGGUCCAAAAAAAAAAAAAAAA